CUGUGCUGCUAAACCAUAAUCAUCUUGAAAUGAGUCAAACAAGUUUUCAUUUGUCCGUCUCUUGUUCCACUUUAACUUUAUGUGUCUCAGCGUUUAAGUUACGGGUCUUUUCCGGAGACCUAUAAAACACGUUAGAUGGGCAGCAUCCUUUUUUCGUCGUCACUGUUGUUAGCUUGAAAUAUUUUUACGGGUGUCGUGCUUGAGUUGUGGCCAGCAAGCUAGCAGCUGGCAUUAGCUCAGUUUGGAGGCACCUUUGCAAGCAAGUGAACGCCCGUUCGCAGCAUUUUUAAACGACCAAAUAAAGGCGUUCACGCCGUUUAUUUGUAUUCCCGUCACGAUGGCAGCUCCCUUCGUGGUUCGGCUGGUUGCUCGUUGACUGUCAUGCUAAGAUUAGCUCGUCUUUUCCGAGCAGUCACACUUAAAAGAAGCACCUGCAGCCCCUCCGUUGACGACAUGGCCAAGGGGAAGUUUUUCUACGCCGUGAGGAAAGGAUUCAAGCCUGGUGUCUACAACUCCUGGGACGAGUGUAAGGCCCAAGUGGACAAAUUCCCAUCGGCUUCCUUUAAGAAAUUUGCCUCUGAGAAGGACGCGUGGGCCUUUGUUCGUGGAGUGGAGCAGUCUGCACCGCCACAGCUACCCAAAGUGGAACCCGAUUUGUGUGUCCUCCCGCAAAAAGGGCCAGUGCCUCUGGAGUACAUCCCACUUGGCAAGAAGAGAAGUCAUGUGGAAGAGGAGAAGCCGGAUCAGGAAGCCGUGGUGCCAUCCAAACGCAUCAAAGAUAACCACAGCUCGUCGACAGACUGCACAAAUGGAUUCACGUACAUGGGUGACGCCGUGGUGGUUUAUACGGACGGCUGUUGCUCCAGUAACGGGAAACGUGGCGCUCGGGCUGGGAUCGGAGUCUAUUGGGGUCCCCAACAUCCAUUGAAUGUCGCUGAGCCACUGCAGGGGAGACAAACCAACCAGCGUGCAGAAAUUCAGGCUGCGUGCAUGGCGCUGCAACAAGCCAAAGAACAAAACAUCAAGAAGCUGGUGGUCUAUACGGACAGCAAGUUCACGAUCAACGGCAUCACAAACUGGGUGAAGAACUGGAAGCUGAACGGCUGGCAGCUCAAGUCAGGCGGUACCGUCACCAACAAGGAUGACUUUGAAAAGCUGGACUGCCUCACCGAGGAAUUGGAGGUGGUCUGGAUACACAUCCCAGGUCACGCGGGCUACCGAGGCAACGAGGAGGCCGACAGGCUGUCCAGAGAAGGAGCGGCGAAGUCCUCGCAUCUAGAACUCCACUGAGUACUACUGUAUUUUAAUUUCAGAAAUGUUUUUGUUCACUGAGGCCGUCGUUCUCCCUCCGUUCGUUCUUAUUAAUUUUACAUUAAACGUGUUUUCUGCCUCA